AUGAAGCGACUCGCGGCCGAGCAUGCCGCCCAAAGCCCGGCCAAGAAGCAAUUUGUCCAAGCGCCUCAAUUCUCGGCCAACAACCCCCAGACCGGCAGCUUUGCCAUGACAUUAGAUGAUGCCUCUGAUGUCGAGUCGCAUUACCCAACCCAGACCGAGCCAUCCAAUACAUCAUCCACACCCCUCACCGCCCAUUCCACCACAUCCCGGAGAUUCCCUUCCGACCUGAAGACGAUCAAGUGUAGCUGGCCAAACUGUACCAAGACCUUCAACCGCCCAGCACGGCUCAAUGCACACUUGCGAUCACAUACGAACGACCGUCCUUUCAGAUGCGCCUAUCCAGAGUGCGACAAGUCAUUCCUAGAGGAGAAGCAUCUGAAGCAGCAUAUCAAAGGCUCCCAUACAGGCGAGCGAGAUCAUGUCUGCCAAUACCCUGGCUGCGACAAGGCAUUCCUGACAGCAACGAGGUUACGUCGGCAUGCUGCUGUUCACGAGGGGGCGGAGCGCUUCCGCUGUAGAGGCUACGACGGCUGCGAUAAGACAUUCCGAAAGCACCAGACAUUGCAGAGGCAUAUCCGUACGGAUCACCUGGGCCAGCGCGCUUUUGUGUGCGCAAAUGCCGGAUGCGAGGCAGGAUUCGACUCGGCUGGCGCGCUGAAACGCCAUAUUGACCGUGAGCAUGGAGAGCCGAAGUACUGGUGUGACGAGUGUGGACAGGACAGCGACGAUCCUGAGGGCCAGGGAGAGAGAGUCGGCUUCACCACCCUCACCCUUCUCGAGGCUCACAUGCGCCGAGAGCAUAUCAACUGUCUCUUCUGUGAUGUACGUUGCCGUGGACAGGCCGAUCUCGAGCGCCACGUGGAGACAUACCAUUCCGGCAGCACUGUCGAGGACCGCAAGGUUGUCCCCUGCACCUGGGAUGGUUGCGACAAGAAGUUCACCAAGAAGUCGAACCUCAAUGCUCAUAUCCGGAGUGCCCAUGAAGGGGUGAGAUUUAUCUGCGGAGAGGUCGACCUGACGAACAUUGAUGAUCUGUCCGGCUGGGACGGCUCAGAUGCUUGUGGCAACGGAUUUAUCAGCAAGAUGAAGUUAGAGGAGCACGUACGAUUCGUGCAUCUCAAGAUGGAGAGGCCAAAGGCCGCGAAGACAGUGGCCAAUGACGAUGACCCGGCUGACCUGGUCAACUUUUUGGCUGGAGUCGAUAGCAAGCGAACCAUUCGCUGUACAUACCUCGGCUGCGACGCGCUGUUCAGCCGACAUCAUGACCUUCAAAUCCAUCUGGGCAAGCAUCAAGAGGGUGCCAUCUCAGCUGCAGGUGGCGCGGAUCUCCUUGUGAGCCCUCCUCCCCUGAUGGCGUACGAGACAGGAAUGGAAGUCGACGGCGCGACCCCAGACUUUGACGGAAACUUCUGGAUUGGAGACGGCGCCGAAGAUUUCGGUUCGGCUUAUGCGGGCUUUGGCCAGGACGAGUGGUUGCAGGAUGAAGCGGAGAUGCGAAGACUGGUAGACGACGGCCCCGGACAAGACAUGGCUGGCUUUAUCGACCCAGAUCUGUUUGGCGUGUGA